CUACUAUCUUGCCUUACUUCUAAAUGUUGGUCAACUAAUAUAAAGGUCACCCGUUUCCUGUCGUGUAUCUCUUACCGAACGUAUUUACAGACGAGCGAGCGAUGCCGCUCGUGAAGUACCGUGACGCUGGCGGGGACACGUUUCUCGUGCUGGAAGUCGACGGCUAUCUCUACCCUAGGACGUCGGAAGAGGUGGUGCGAGGCAUCAAGGAUGUCACCAUACGAGAUGAUGACGUCAUGAUUUGCUCCUACCCAAAGAGUGGUACUCACUGGGUGUGGGAGAUAACACGAUGCAUCCUGUCGGGGACAACCGAUCUUGUCGUGGCGGAAAAGGAUGCACUGCAGCUGGAGUUUAUUCCGAAUUCCACCCUGGAAACGUUCGCCUCGCCAAGAAUACUGAACUGUCAUAUCUGGUACCGACAGCUGCCCGGGCAGUUAAAGCAGAAGAACUGCAAGAUCAUCUUUGUGAGCAGAAACCCGAAAGACGUGGCGGUUUCGUUCUUCCACCACCACAAGAAGCUGAGGCAGUAUUACGAAUAUACCGGACAGUGGGAAAACUACCUGCCGCUCUUUCUAAACGGACAGGUGGAUUCGGGAUCGUGGUUCGAGUAUAUGCUUGAGUGGGAAGCAGCGAUCGCCAAUAAUGCAACACAGCCCAUUCUUGUACUGCGAUACGAAGAUAUCAAAGAGAACCCCCAGAGAGAAGUGUCUAAGAUCGCCAGGUUCCUGGACAAGGACUGCACUGCCGAGUUCCUGAGCCAGGUGUGUGACAAGUGUGAUUUCGGUAACAUGAAGCGGACAAAGGGCCACCUUCUCACCUCGAUCGACGACAAGAACGACUCGGUCAUGUACAGGAAAGGCCAAGUGGGAGAUUGGAAAAAUUACUUUACAGUUGCACAGAAUGAAGUUUUUGACCGAGUAUUUGCGGAGAAAAUGAACCAAUCGUCAAUGAAGUUUAAAUACGAGCUAUAACACAGUGCAGUAAAUGUUAUCUUAUUGUUAUCUCACGACUGUUAUUGCUCAUUGUUGACGUUUAACUUUAUAUUACAUGUAUAUUGUUUAUCACCCGAAGUGUGCUAGGAUGCACGAAACGCCUGGCGAUUAUAUAUUUACAUAUUUACAAUCUUUAUGUGAUCAGGUUUAGCAUUAAACACAGAUAAGCACUUUUAUUGCAUUUUUUAAACUUUCGACUAUAUAUUUAUAUAUUUACAAUUAUCUAAGAUCAGGUUUGGCAUAAACACAAAUAACUACUUUUAUUGCAUAUUUUUUACUUUCAACUUUAUCACCCGGUGUGUGCAUGUGCGUGUUGGUGCGUGCAAGUACAGAUUCGACGAAAUAGCAGUUCUUGUAAGCUAAUUGUCUUUUGUGUAGCACCUUUUAAAAAAGUAUUUAUUUACAGAAAAAUUAUGUUAUUUACGCAGAUAUUCAGUUAUUUAUAAUAAAGUACAAUAUAUACACAGUGAUGACAAAUGUUGGCGUUUUUGUUUUGUUUUAGUGAAUGCACAGUUUUAACGCAUGAAGGAAGACAUUUUUAAUGGAACGGGUUGUCACUCUUCUGUAUAUUGGACUCUACCAUGUUCGACCGGCCUCGGUGGCGUAGUGGUUAGGCCAUCGGUCUGGUAGGUACUGGGUGCGUGCGUGUGUGCGUGCGUGCGUGUGUACACAGAAACUCCUAUUAACCGGACAUCCACGGGGCCAAGUACAGAUUCGACGAAACAGUAGUUGUUAAUACUAAUAAUAGCUAAUUGUCUUUUGUGUAGCACCUUUUAAAAAAGUAUUUAUUAACAGAAAAAUUGUGUUAUUUACGCAGAUAUUCAGUUAUUUAUAAUAAAAUACAAUAUAUACACAGUGA